CAGCGUCCUACUAUUUGACAAAAGUGCUGUCUGUCUCCUUCCAGCGCUGGAUCACCGUUUUCCGUCGGAUAUGAUCCGAUCACUACGAGGCAUUCAAUCCAUUCUCUUGCCGGAUCCGUUAACCUCACUUGACGGAACCAUGCCCAAGGAGUCUGGGAUGAGUCGCGCGGUUUUGCCAUUGGCACCUAUUCCCGUCGGCAGGAUCACAAGCGAAAACCACCUGACUCGAAGUCCGAUUCCGAGUGGCGACUUGCGACAGAGAUUCGGAAGCCCGCCUUCCGAUGAACUUCCCCCCGCUGCGUAUGUCACUAUCACCGACACUUAGGCCGCCGUCUGGAGGGCGGCCGCGCGUCCUGGUACUCUCGGAUUCCUGCACCUCAUUGCAGCUUCGAGUUACCAUGGGUAUCGUAAGGGAACGACGAGGGAGCAUGUGACAGCGAGGAGACACCUGACGCAUGCGACACCCGAUGGUUCAAGUAGCGCAGCCUGCGACAGCGAUCAUUGGCUCGACUCGGAACGGCACACGCGUGGUGGACAGUGCAUCACAUGGCGCAGGAAGAAAACAGAGCGGCGUCGAUCCACUCGAAAUGGGUUCCACACGAGCCGUGCGCGAGUCGCUAUGCGCGCCACAUGUUUCUCCUGGAUCCAUGUGCUGUCGAGCACCGGCAUCAAAUCCUUCCGGCGAACAAAUGUAGCACUUGCUUCACAUCGUUCAUUCCUUCGCUCUUCGCCCUCGACACCGCCUCGUUCCCGAUGUUCAACAAAAGCGCCCUCCUCCUCGCUGUCUCGCUGGCCCUCUCGGUCUGCGCCGUCCCGUCCCCGGCCCCGGAGGGAGUCGCGGUCCCCAUCCGGGCCCGCAGCGCGCUGACGACUGCCGAUGGCGUGUUCGACCACGACGGUGCCAUCGCGGAGACCGUGAAGACGAUCAACAAGCACCGCCAAAACUUGAUCAACUUGAAGAAGAACAAGGGCGAAGCGUUCUUCAACCCGGGUGCCGAGAUCAAAAACAUCGCCACCGUCCCUGCCGCCGUGCAGGCCCGGAUGGAGAGCCGCCACGAGAAGCGUCAGAGCUUGGGGCUCACCGACCAAUCGGAAGAAGAGUGGACCGGCAGCGUGUCCAUCGGCACGCCCGCGACGCGUUUCGUCAUCGACUUUGACACUGGGUCUUCCGACCUCUGGGUGCCCUCGUCUUCUUGCCGCUCCAGCUGCUCGGGGAAAACCAAGUACAACCCCAACCAGUCGUCGACCUCUACUCGCGAGUCCGGAUCGUUCUCCAUUCAGUACGCUGACGGAUCGACUGUCUCCGGGCCCAUCUACACGGACACGGUCUCCGUCGCGGGUGUAUCUGUCAGCCAGCAGUACCUCUCGGGUGUCACGACCCUGUCUUCGUCGUUCACCAGCGGCCCCGCUGACGGCCUGCUCGGUCUCGCAUUCCCGGCCAUCUCCAACCUCGGCCAGGACCCGUACUUCCAGACGGCCAUCAACGAGGGUGCCGUCUCCGCCAACCAGUUCGGGUUCUACCUCGCGAGCUCCGGCUCGUCGCUGUACAUCGGUGGAACCGACACCCGCAAGUACUCCGGCUCGAUCGAGUUCAACGGGAUCACGUCGUCGUCCGGGUUCUGGCAGGUCACCGGCGCGUCCGUCAACGUUGGCGGCAGCACCGUUGCCUCGAAUCUCGAGACCAUUGUCGACUCGGGAACGACGAUCAUGUACGGCCCGCCUGCGCUCGUGAGGGAGAUCUUCGCCCAGGUUCCGGGCGCACAGUUGUACGAUUCCGCCAACGGCUACUACUCGUACCCGUGCUCGAACCCGCCUCAGAUCUCGUUCAACUACGGCGGCAACGACUGGACCAUCUCCGCGGCGAACCUGAACCUCGGCCGCACCUCAUCGGGUUCGCGCUCGUGUGUGUCUUCGCUGGCGGCGCAGGACCUCGGAUUGGGAUCCCGUGUGUUCCUGCUCGGUGAUGCGUUCAUGAAGAACCAGUACACUGUGUUCGACGUCGACCAGAACGCUGUCGGUUUCGCCACUCUUUAGAUCCUUAGAUGAUCGCAGUAGCUCAAAAACAAUCAAUGCAAACCGCUCUUUCACUGCUUAAAA